AUGGGUAAUGCCAUGCGGAGCGUAGUUGCGUUCAUUCCCUCAGAGCGCUGUCAACGCUUCUUGGUGGGGGACCUGAAGGAGAUGCCACUUGAUCGGACCCUGGACCUCAGCAGCCGGCAGUUGCGUCGGCUACCUGUUGCUGCCUGUGUUUUCGGUGAGCUGGUAAAGCUCUACCUGAGUGAUAACAAUCUCAGCAGUUUACCAGCUGAUCUGCAGGGCCUGAAGAAGCUGCAGCUCCUUGCCCUCGACUUCAACUGCUUUGAAGAGCUCCCUGCAGCUGUUUGCAGACUGCCUCAGCUGAGCAUCCUUUACCUGGGCAACAACAGGCUCUACAGUCUCCCCAGAGAACUAAGAGAACUCACAGAGCUUAAUACUCUGUGGCUGGAGACUAAUUGCUUCACUGUUUUCCCUCAGGUGAUUUGUGAGCUCCCUAAUCUCAAGACCCUGCACCUUGGUUAUAACCAGAUACAGAGUUUACCAAGAGAGCUUGGGGUGCUGGAAGAGCUGAGAAGUGUCUGGAUUGCUGGGAAUCAGCUGGCAGCGUUCCCACCAGUGUUGCUGGAAAUGCACUUUCUAGCCGUCAUUGAUGUUGAUCGGAACCAAAUACGCUACUUCCCCUGCCUGUCUCACAUGCUGGGGUUGAAACUUGUCAUCUAUGACCACAACCCCUGCGUUAACGCCCCGGUGGUGGGCGAGGGAUGCAGGAGAGUCGGGCGCUGGGCAGACAGCUCAGAUGAUGAGCAGGAAGAUGAUGGGUCAAAAGCAGCAGGUGACACUACAUUAGAGGUCACAGAGGUACACCAUGAGGAGGAGCACAACAUUUAG